CUGCUCAGGUCGGUGCUUUCCUGAACCAUGUUUCCUUGGGAAUUUACAUUUGCUGAAAUUACAAACUUCGUCCAUGGUUCGAUUCAAGAGGGAAUUGGAUUUGAGGGUGUCCCUCCUCAACAAUGACAGCUACUUUAGUUGAAUUUCCUACAAGUUUCCACAAACGAGAGUGUUUUAGAAGCGUUAUUUCCACCAACAUGGAGGUUGACAUCGAUGCGAAGGAGUUAGCGGACAGAAUGGCGGCCGCUGAGGCAAUGUCUACCCUGUCGUCUGUUGCGCGCGUGAACCCUGGGGAUUCCCCCGCCUCUCCUCGGACUUCAAAAAGGAUUGCUAGCAGAGGGACGCGAGGUGGAGGUAAAGGUAGGGGCAGAAAAACAAACCAAGGGGACAAAAUCCCGAAUUCAGAAGCGAAAAAAUCUAGGUCACGUGUCAGGACAAAUCAUGACACGACAAAAAGCAACGUGACUGACUCCGCCCGAAAUAAACCAACACGAGCGGCGUCGAAAUCGAAAGGUGGUGCACAGGAGCAAGCACCUAAGCGGUCACCGAGGAGAAAAUCUAAAUCAGGUCAGUCUGAACCAGAAACGCCCACGAAGACCAGAACGAAACAGAAAAAUUCAAGUUCAGAAUAUGGUGAAAUGCCAGUGCUAGAACCUCAGGUCACAAAUGCAAGUAGCACUGUGUCAAAUUUUCCAAGUUUACCAAGUACUUUGUCUUUGACUCUACCCAGUUUGAACAUUCCAUCACUGGGCACACUGCCAACACUAGGGAGCAUACCGAUAUUUCACCCCGAUACUAACAGUGGGGGGGACAAGACAAAACACGACAACAAGUCAUUGCCUUUCAAGAAGAGGAGGCUGAUUAACAAUGACCACAGUGAAGAUAGCGAAGACCAAGAGAGUAAAACGGAGGUUGCUCCAACUCAAGAGCAAGGUCCAAGCACACCCUCACAGACCCCCAGUGUCCAGAUUGACCCAAGUCAGCACUUCCGGCUGUUCCAGGAGAUUCAGGCGGCAUUGACGGCUGACGAGGAUGGGGAUGUUCCGCUGCAUCUGGCUGUGGUGCAUGAGCACAUCCCUCUGGUGCAGAAGUUUAUCCAGCUCAUGAAGAUCGCCAGGAAGAGUGUGGACCGCUUCAAUAAAGACAAACAGACCCCUCUCCAUCUGGCAGUUAAGCUGAACUUUCUGGGGGGAGUCAGAGCUCUGCUGGAAGCAGGAGCAGACGUCAACUUUGUAGACAAGACCGGCUGCACAUCCUUACACCUGGCGGUCAAACACCAGCUGCCCGAGUGUCUGCAACUGCUGGUCAGUGGUACCAAGGAGAAGGCGGACUUCAAUACCAGGAACUUUGAAGGGUUAACUCCCCUGCACACUGCAGUGGAGCUUAAAAACAAGAACCUGUUGACAUUUAUCCUGGACCACGGCGCUGACAUCAAUAUGAUGGAUGGCAAAAGUGGACGUACACCCAUGUUCCACGCGGCAGAGAAUAAUGAAAUAGACAUGGUGGAGUUGCUCCUAAAGAGGGGAGGUAACCCUGAUGUGUUGAACUACGCCGGCAGCACGGCCAUCAUGGCAGCUCAAGCCCGCAACUUCAAUCAGAUCACGAAGAUGUUGAGUCGGGCGUCAGAGUGGAAUGAUGAAGAAGGAAGUGGAACGUCAUCUCCAGCGUCGGAGGUAUGUCAGGUCAGCGUGUACGUCCCAGACCCAGGUGUAGGGGUAUGGAAACACUCAGUUCCACUUCGUAAUCCUGCAACAACACAGAAGGGCACCACACAAACUGCCCAAACAUUUCCCCGAUCUUCGUCAUCCGUAGCUGACAACGAGGUGAGCCUUACACAGACGAGUGCUGGGAAGUCUUCGGAAACUGUGCCUCCCGUAACCGUUAGCAACAGCAUCAUGGACAAGUCAGUGGUGAUGGAAAAGAGGUCAUCAGAAAUGUCAAGGACAGUGUCAAGGUCACCCAAGGUUAAUUCUGUGACUGCUGAUGAUGUGAAGAGGAAAGAACAGGAGAAAGGGAACAGCAAUAAUUCUGCUCAGCCUGUUGAGAGAACACCCAGUUUGAGAUCCAGUGAGUUAAAUAUGGUAGAUAUUUCCAAAUUUCCUCCACAACUUGUACAAAAUAUGAUGCAGAGAAUAAUAGCUGCAAAGCAGCAGAUGAUAUCCUCAUCAGGACCGGAGAAAAGAGGAAGUGGUUCUGUUUCAAAAGCUGGUUCUGAUGUGAUUGUGUCGCGCUCCAAUUCAACAGUGUCCUUGACAAAAGUUUCGUCAGUGGAUCAGACUGUGACAUCAAGCCCAGGAAGUUUGUUUUGUCAAUCGCCUGCAUCUUCUCACCAGACUGUGACGUCUCAUCCAUCUGUGACGUCUCAUCCAUCUGUGACGUCUCAUCCAUCUGUGACGUCUCAUCCAUCCGUGACGUCCCAUCCAUCAGUUGUAUCUCAUCCAGCUGUGGCUUCUCGUUUGUCGGUCACUUCUCCGUUGCCUGUAGUGUGUCACCCAUCAGCAACGUCUCACACAACGGUGACUUCUCACCUUCCUGUUUUUUCUCAUGCAGUUGGCAUUGUGACAUCUCACUCAAAUGUGACAUCUCAUUCAGCCAGAAUAGCACAGCCAGCUGUGACCUCACAUCAGAUAUCUCGUCAGAAUGUCACGCCAUCCCCACCAUCGACAACAUCAGAUCACGUGGCGCCAUCAACACAGAUUGUGGGAAAAGUGUCCCAAGUUAUUGAAAAGCUACCACAGCAACCCGAACGGAUCAUCAGCACUGGGAUGGUCGUGGAGCACCCCGAGUUCGGGCUUGUGUUUCGGCCAUUUAGUGCUGGACCUGUUCAUAAACUUAACCAGCCAGAGUCAGUUCUGAAGACACUUCCGCCUUCCCCAGCGAUGAGACUUGCUGAACUGCCCAUGCCGGACUCACAGACUGUGUCUGAAAAAAAUACAUCUGAAAAAAUAGUUAAGAAAACUAAAAGUCAGACCGAUGGAAGUGCAACGACCUCUACAACCAAGAAGUCGGGCAACGGAGACACAAAAGUUACCUCCUCUAUAUCUGAUGCCAUUUCUUCAACUAAGGAACAACCUUAUCAUCCUGUGACGGAAAAACUUCUCAAUUCAAAGCCAAAGUCAACAUCCAUUCCAAAAUCCAGACCAGAAAGUCAUCCUAAAUCACAGCCUGGAGCUCCUGCUGCAGACACAAAUCAAGUGAAAUCAAUAGCUAAUUCAGCCAUAGCUGCAAAGUUGCGUCAACGAGUUCUCAAUUCACCGCAUGUAGAUUCAGCAACAAAGGCAUUGGCUCACGCUACAGUGACCGUCACCCCGACGACACACUCCAGUGAGACUGUAACGACUGCUCCAGAGCGGGUCCCGAAAUUGCCGCAGUUUAGUUCCCGUCCUCUUAGCAUCGCGCCCAAUUCCACAGGUUCCUCUACAGAACCACGCAAAUCAUCGGUUUCCAAAAUACUUGAGCACCUUUCCAAGCCAAUUGAUAGUUACCCACCUGAGCGGCCAAGGUUAAACGUGGAUGCCAGUAAGCUAAACUUUGAUGGAAGCGAACAAAACGCUGAUGGGGAAGAAGACUGAGAAAAGAAAGAAAACAUCCUGGUUCGAAAU